GCCUCAGGAAAUAUGCCUCUGCUGUCUCCACCACACACAGAACCUAUUUCCGUCAGGUUAUGGACGAGACUCUGCGGCUGAGCACUCCAGCUGCGUGGGCCAUCAGAGAGUCACCCGAUGACAUCAAUGUUGAUGGUUACCUAAUUCCAAGGGGAACCCCCAUCAUUCAGGCCCUGGGAGUGAGUCUUCACAACACCACCUCUUGGAAGGAGGGAGAACUGGAUAGGUUCAAUCCGGACAGAUUCGCAGCCUACACAGACCACAGCAGGAGAGGUUUGGAGUUCUGUCCAUUCGGGACUCCCAGUCGCCGCAAGUGUCCUGGUUGCAUCUUCUCCUACUACGAGACCACUGUUGUCCUCAGUAUUCUCCUGUUCCGGUUCCAACUUGUCCCUGUUCCAGGACAGGUUGUAAAACGUGAUUAUGGACUGGCGACUACCCCAACAAAGGAGUUGUAUUUUUUCGUCAAGGAACGAUAACAUGUUUUCUGCGAUGAAU